AUGUCCAUUGUUUGGGGUAUUUGGAACCAUCGGAAUAAGGCGGUGUUUGAUGAUGCUUCUAUUUCUGCCACCACUUUGACUGUCCAGGUCAAGGCUUUCAUUCUUGAGGCUUCUCGUUUCAAUCUUAGCGAGAUGACUAACUCGGUUGAGGAGUUGCCGGUUCUUCAUGGUCUUGGGGUGCCGGGCAAACCCCGUCGUCCUACCUCUUAUGUUUAUGUCUUUUGGCUACCUCCUCCGUAUCCUUGGCGAAAGAUCAACAUUAAUGGGUCUGUCCAUGGUUCGCCGCUCUGUAUUCACGCAGGUGACAUCAUUCGUGACUCCAGCACUGUGAUUGGGUGCUUCCAUUUUGCUGCUGGUAGAGACUGGGCUUUCAAGGCAGAGCUUUUGGCUCUGAUUAUUGCCUUGGAGCAGGUGGUGGUCCAAGGUUGGGAUUACAUUUGGAUUGAGAUAGACUAUACUUAUUUGGUGGAUCUCUUAUGUUCUUGCUCAUAUUCGGUUCCUUGGCGGUUCUUCAAUAGGUGGCGGAAGAUUCUUCAGGAUAUUACUGACUUGCAUAUUAUCAUUACUCAUAUCUAUAGAGAAGAGAACCACGUUGCUGACUUCCUUGCUUCUUCUGUGGUGGAUGAGGGUUAUUGGCCUUUUGCUAUUCUGUAUAUUCUGCAGCUGGUGCGAGAUGACAAUUGUUCUCUUCCCUAUGUCCGGAUCGUUCAGUAG